AUGGACCCCAAGGAAGUUGAUGAAAUGGAGACAGAGAAGGCAGUCCAGACGGAGGAGGAGCCUGUGAAGGUUGGCGACAUCCAGACAGCUCCAACCGCAGAAGGGCCAGAGAAGGCAGGCAAGACGGCCGGGUCAACGCUGGCUACUGCAGCAUGUGAGCCCAUGAACAUUGAUGGAGACACCAAUGACGAAAUCACGGAUCAGCUUGAAGCUUUGUUGGCCUGCAAAGCAAGCAAGCUUGUCCUUUUGGCCGCUGCCAAGAAGGAUCCCGAGUUAUUGGACGUCAUUGAACGUGUCGCUACGGAGCUGAUUUCAUGUGUCAAGACGACAAAGGACGCCAUGGCAGCAGCAGCAUCCUCCAAUCCUAAAGACAAAGACAAAAAACCUGCGGCAAUGAAAAGUCUACCGGAUGCAAAGGAACCGGAGAUCAACCAGGACCAUGCCUCUGUAAGUGAAACCCCCGAUGACGGGGUUUUGGAACAGAAGGAGACGCGGCCAGACGAAAAUCGUGCGUCAAACGGUGAAAACCCUGAUGAAGAUGGCAAGGACAAAGACGAGAAGGUCCCCGACGCCAAGAAGGAGCCCAAGGAAGCAACUGCAAAAGGACAUGAUAGUCAACAGCCGAACCAUGAUGCUGGCCCAAAUCACGAAAGUGAAGACAAGCCGGUGAAGCGUGCUGCCAAGGAAGAGCUCGAGUCGACACCCCCAAAACGACGAUCUGUUUCUACCGGCGAAGUGGACAACGACGACGACGACGACAUUGAUCAUUCGGAUAUUGGAACUUCUACUCGCAGCCCUGAUGGCCAAGCUGACAAGAUUGCUGAUUAUGAUUCGGAAGUUCAUAAUAUCCGAGCUGCACGUCGCGUUGCUGCAGAAGGGGUACUGGCAACUAGCAAGCUUUGGUAUUCUCGCUUUGGGGUAACACGAAAGGAAAUCAACCACAACGAAGCCUGGAAAGCAAUCGGACUCUCUAAAAAGUUUGGAGUUGGUGCUGGACUUGCCCCCCAGCUGGCGUACCUGUCUGUGGAGGCUGCCUCUGACUAUGUAACCCUGGACAAGGCAACCGGAACUCUAACAGUUACUUUUCUUCUUCCGCCGGCGGAACGGGCAAACGUGCAACCGCAAGUUGAGUCUCUGAAGCAAGGCACCAUUCCAUUCUUUUGGACAGAGGACCAGCUUGGAUCCGGCGAGAGACUCUGGCACUACAUUGGGCAUUACCAGUGUGAACGAAUUUGGGAGGAACAUGAUGUUACAUUUUCUGCAUCCUUUCGCUGUAAAGCUUUCAAAGUACAGGUGGCCGCCAAGUUGGAGGAGAUUGCGGGUGUUUUGGCUGUCAGCUCGCACUAUGAUAGCUAGUAGAGAUCAGCGCCACCCUUGGGGCAAAGAAGAAGCAAACAAAUUGGUUUAAUUGGGGUGAAGGUUCUUCGGUCUAACAAGCAAACCAACAAGACUCUCUGCAAGAGGUAGGUCUCGGCGAGCUCAUUUAUUUGAAGAGGUUCUGGUGAGCAAUAGCCUGGUAGAUGGACAUCGUAUACAUAUAGUUUGAUACACAUAAGCAUCACGUUUGAGAAUG